GUGAGCAAGAUCCACCUUGUUAAGAAGGUGGAUCUGUGAUAAUCUUUACACACUAGUCUCUUGCCCAUCUUUGGACAUUUACUAUUCACCUGGCUUUGGGCUGCUUUCAUCACAACUCUUAGAACACUGCCUAGACCUAUGUGUGCACAAUUGGAACUCUGAGGCCCUCCAUGAUGAGAGAUUUUAGGACACUUCCCUCUCCUCUCUGUAAUUGAUAGUCUGGGUUGUGAAGAGAUGGCUGACAGUGUCAAAACCUUUCUCCAGGACCUUGGCAGGGGAAUCAAAGACUCCAUCUGGGGCAUUUGUACGAUCUCAAAGCUAGAUGCUCGAAUCCAGCAGAAGAGAGAGGAACAGCGUCGAAGAAGGGCAAGUAGUGUCCUGGCCCAGAGGAGAGCCCAGAGUAGAGAGAGGCAGCAAGAGAGUGAGCCACGUAUUGUUAGCAGAAUUUUCCAGUGUUGUGCUUGGAAUGGUGGAGUAUUCUGGUUCAGUCUCCUCUUGUUUUAUCGAGUCUUUAUUCCUGUGCUUCAGUCAGUAACAGCCCGAAUUAUUGGUGAUCCAUCACUGCACGGAGAUGUUUGGUCAUGGUUGGAAUUCUUCCUCACAUCAAUUUUCAGUGCUCUUUGGGUGCUCCCCCUGUUUGUGCUUAGCAAAGUUGUGAAUGCCAUUUGGUUUCAAGAUAUAGCUGACCUGGCAUUUGAGGUAUCAGGGAGGAAGCCUCAUCCAUUCCCCAGUGUCAGCAAAAUAAUUGCUGACAUGCUCUUCAACCUAUUGCUACAGGCUCUUUUCCUUAUUCAGGGGAUGUUUGUGAGUCUCUUUCCCAUCCAUCUUGUUGGUCAGCUGGUUAGUCUGCUGCAUAUGUCACUUCUCUACUCACUGUACUGCUUUGAGUAUCGUUGGUUCAAUAAAGGAAUUGAGAUGCACCAGCGAUUGUCAAACAUAGAAAGGAAUUGGCCUUACUACUUUGGAUUUGGCUUGCCAUUGGCUUUUCUCACAGCAAUGCAGUCCUCCUACAUUAUCAGUGGCUGUCUCUUUUCUAUCCUCUUUCCUUUAUUCAUCAUCAGCGCCAAUGAAGCAAAGACUCCUGGAAAAGCAUACCUUUUUCAGCUGCGCCUCUUCUCCUUGGUGGUCUUCUUAAGCAACAGACUCUUCCACAAGACAGUCUAUCUGCAGUCAGCCCUGAGCAGCUCAACCUCUGCAGAGAAGUUCCCUUCACCGCAUCCGUCUCCUGCCAAACUGAGGGCUGCUACAGGCCACUGAGUUCUUUGCUGUCCAAAGGGGAUGGGUGGGAUUAGCUGGAGGAUGUGGCAGCUCUUUUCUCUGUUCUCCCCUGCCAGGGAAAGCAGGACCCACUGCCAAGGGCCCUCUGAUACUUCCUUCACAUUGAGGAAUUGGAAUUUUUGUCUCUGGUGCACGUAGUAAGGCAGAAUCUUCCUAACACCAGUAUGUGACUUUUUACCACCACCACCAUUGGUCUGAAAGGACCGCAGGUUUUCCAGCUGUUUUCUAGCAUUUGCCAGCUCCUGUGCCUGGACUGAUUUGAGUACUUUUUUUCCUUCCCUGUGCCAUUUACCCUUCUACUUCUCCUUCCUGCCUUCCAGCACCCCUGGAUGAAUGGGUUUUGUAAUUCUAACUGUUGUAUUUUGUGAAUUUGUUGUUUUUCUGUGAAGCACAUACAUUGAAUGUGGGAGGUAAAGGAGCAACCCAAUUGCUCUGGUUCACUCCCUUUAUAGCCAUCACUGUCUUGUUUUCUUGUAACUCAGGUUAGGUUUUGGUCUCUCUUGCUCUGCUGCAAAAAAGGAGGGGGGAAAAAAAAACAAAACAGAAGAGAUGGGACAGGAUAGACCUCACAGCCAGACUGGCUGGGUUUUGAAGAGUAAUUUUCUUCUUUCCCCUUGAAGGGGAAAAAGCUUUUUUUCACUGGUACAUUUAAAGUUCUCCAACUAUGGAGAGGUACCAAUUCUGGACAAGUGCCACUGCAAUACAGAAUGCUCAAGAGAAUCUGAACUUUCCAACUGUGGAAGAUGAGAAUUCACUGUUGGUCCCUGCUGGGUCUGAUUGGUAUUUCAAAGGAAUAUUGGGUGCUGCAAAUAGGAACUGAAGGGUAAACUUAUUAAACCUGUGAGUGAUGAUGUUUUCCAGGCAUUUUAAGAGACUAAAUGUGGGGUGGGAGGACAAAUGUCAAAACUUGUACAAUUUUGAAAUAUCACAAUUAAACAUGAGCUGGUUUCCCAUAAA